CGUCUUCCCGAACGUCUUCCCGAACGUCUUCCCGAACGUCUUCCCGAACGUCUUCCCGAACGUAUCCGCGAACGUCUUCCCGAACGUAUCCGCGAACAUCUCCGAAACGCGAAUCUCGGUUAUCGCAAACGACGGCAGGAUCAAAUAUAUCGUCCAGUUCUAAACGACAAGGAAAACAAUGAAGUCAUCAGACGACUUUGCUAGGGACCGAACCACAGAAAACGGACUCAUUGACCUCGCUUUCUUCUGAACCAUUGCAGCACGAUUUGUUAGUCACAGCGCAGGUCCACAUCUUGAACAAUAAAAUUCAACCAUUCCGUUGUAGAGCUCUGCUAGACACCGGCUCUAGCAUGAACUUUAUCACCGAAAAACUCGCUGAUUCACUAAAACUCAACCAACGGAAAUGUUCGGUCCCAAUCGGAACACUCAACACGUUAUCGACGACCUCGAAACGCUACAUCACGACCACGAUCACCUCCAUCGACGGCACAUACGAACGCAUCUUGACGUUCCUAAUCAUACUGACAAUAUCGUCUUGGGUCCCAGAUCAACCCGUAGAUCGCUCAACGAUACAGAUACCUAGGAAUCUCCAACUAGCCAAUCCAAGAUUCCAUAGGCCUACUCCGAUCGAAAUAUUGUUGAGCGCCGGACCAACACUAGCAUCACUCUGUGUCGGCCAACUUGAUAUCAGUCAAGCAAACGGACCCGACUUGCGUCUGCAAAAAACGCGAUUCGGAUAGGUCAUCGGGGGGAGCCAAACCUCGCAAUCAUCAGCACACGCAUUUCACGCCUCAACGACGGCUUUAUAGACGGACCUCGCCCGUUUUUGGGAAAUCGACGAAGAACCGCCCACUGCACACAUUUCGGAAGCGGAACGACAGUGCGAGGAACACUUCCGAAAUCACGCUCAACGCACCAACGAAGGGCGAUAUAUUGUCGUUCUCCCAUUCAACGAAACAACUCCUUCGCUUGGAUCCUCUAAAGCCAUGGCGAUGAAGCGACUCACAUCCCUCUGCCGUCGAUUCCAACGAGACAAACGAUUCGAAGCCGUCUAUCACGCCGUAAUACAAGAAUACUUGGAAUUAGGACACAUGACGAAAAUUACCACGGACCACUGCACGGACGACGGAUAUUUUCUGCCACAUCACAGCGUGAUCAAAGAGUCCAGCCAAACUACAAAACUCCGAGUUGUGUUUGACGGAUCUGCACCAACCACCAGCGGAGUUUCAUUAAACUACGUACUUCAUACGGGACCGAAACUACAAGAUGACUUAUUUUUCAUUCUUCUAAGAUUUCGUUCUCAUCAAUACGUCAUUACAGGCGAUGUCGAAAAGAUAUAUCGACAAUUUCUUGUGCGUCCAGAUGAUCGGAAAUUCCAACAAAUUGUGUGGCGCAACUCUGAUGGAGAAGUUGACACCUAUCAACUUAACACAGUGACAUAUGGGCUGUCAGCGGCCCCUUAUCUAGCCAUUCGGUGCCUCAAACAACUGGCGGACGACGAGGGACAUCGAUACCCACGAGCGGCGAUGGUCUUACAGCGAGACUUCUACAUCGACGAUGUUCUCACAGGAGUUGAUACAAAGGUCGAGGCACGAUCAUUGAGAACGGAGCUCACAGAAUUGCUUACACUAACCAGCUUAAACAUUCGAAAAUGGGCAUCGAACGACCGGGAACUGCUACGAGGACUUUCCGAGCAGGACAUAAACGAUAAGCUGCUACUAGGCGAAUCGCAAACCAUCAAAACUCUGGGUGUUGUUUGGAAUUCCUUUGACGAUUCGAUCCUAUAUUCCGUCAAAAUCAAUCCUACCGCCUCUCGAAUUACGAAAAGAACAAUCAGCUCUGAAAUCGUCAAGAUCUACGACCCUCUUGGAUUACUGGCACCAGUGAUCGUUCGAGCUAAGAUGCUGCUCCAACGACUUUGGACAUUAAAAAUUGAUUGGGACGAAAACGUAAGGUUUCCACGUAAAACUAUAAUCAAGACUGUAGCGAAAGUCAUUCUUUCUUGCGGUCCCAUCGACGAAUAG